AUAUCCUUUAAAGUGCUGAAAGGCGUCAAGUGCAGACAUGGAGGAGUCCUAGUUGCGACCAUAUUCUCCACUUGGUUAACUGUACCAUGGCUGUGGUACAUUCUGGACUAUAGAUUGAAAAACAAGUGGAGGAUGUUGCAGACCGCUCCACCCCUCCCGCACAGCCUGUGCCGAGACCCAGCGCCCCUCCGCUCCAUCUGAGGGAUGAGACCGUUCAGUCGCUCUCCUCUGAACACACCCAGCCCUCAGACGGGACACACCUGGGGAGGGGAGGUCAAAUGAAAGCGAGAAAUUAUUCGACACGGCACAUUUCAGCAGUGAACAGUGACAUUUCCGCGGGCUGCGUGGAAGGAAAUACUGGGAUGACUUGUGCGAGAGGAAAACUGACAGACGACGUAAACAUUUACAUGUCCUUCUUCACAGCACUUCUGCUCGCCAUCGACUAAACUCACACAGAAACCUACAUCGUGUACGUAUGAGAUAAUGCGGAGGAACUACGAUGUUAACAUGCUCAAACAGCGAUUGAAAUAAAAACACGAAUCAUCCUUUCGAAAAAUUAUGUUAUAAUUCUGUGGAACCGGACUGAGAGUUUCUGGAGGUUUAUGGGACUACUCUUCUUUAAUCUGCGGUCAUGCUGAAGGCGUCAUCAGAUCUGUUCCCUACCUGAGGGACUCGAGGAUUAUUUGGAGUUUUUGACAGAAGAGGUCAAUUAUUAAGAUUUGACCUAAUUGGAGUGAAUGAGUAGUUUGUCAUGAAACGCGCAGUAUUUUAUAUGUUUUGUCAUCUAAUAAAAUUCCAAAUAAUUUUGCGCGUGCGGACCAUAGACUGUAACGUUAGGUGCGGACGGAUGAUUUCUAAAGAGUAAACAACUGACGUUACACGAGUCAGCUGUGAUGAAUGAUGUAAAAGUUGGACUUAAUGCGCAGUAAACUACAGCACCCUACCUAAAACGCAGAUUUGAUUGGAAAUUGGAUGGCAAGUGUGCGAAUUAUUCAAUGACUUUCUGUGAGGGCAACUUUUUAAGUAUAUUUUUUGAAGCGCAAUCGGUUGUCUUGCGCAAAUGGUCUUUGUGACGAUCAUAUAGCGCAGUUAACCUUCUUCAAAACGUUUUGAACUAAACAAAAGUAUUUUGUGUUAUAUUUGUGAUGUGUACGUCUAAGAUAAUGUGAUAAAUAACGACAGUACAGUGUUUUUUUUUAUGCACCGCCUGAUACAAACGUCGAUCGAGCAGCCGUUGCUAUGGUUACAUACGCAGAGGGGAUUCUGUUAGUGAGAGUGAGAAAUGACAGGUGUGAGGUGAGCAGAAGGACUUUUAAAACACUGUUCUCCAAUAAACUUAAAUAGGAACGCUAAGGCUUAUUUCUUAUCUUCAAUUGUUUCUUAAGAAAUCUCACGUGCAAUGUAAAGGACUUUAAAUGAAUGCAUUUUGAAAGUAUGCCCAGUCUGGAGGCCCUUUUCCAGGUUGAGACUCUAUAACCAAACAUGGGAGCGAAGCAAACGAAGGCUGCGGGACAGGAGGCAGGAGCGAGCCCUCAGAGCACAGGAUGGAAACGGACCCCCACAAAAGACCGAAGUGACAUCCUUACCUCUUUAAUGUUGAGGUCAGGAGACAAACUGAGAAGCAGCGGGACUCCUCCUCCCUACCAGCGGCGCAUCGGGAUGAUACAAGAGAUGAUGCUGAUGGCAAAGCAGGGAAAACACGAUGAGGCAACAGAGAUGCUGAAGACUCUCCGGCAGGAUCUGGGAAUGGAGUCAACCUCUCUGGACGAUGUUCUCUACCGCUAUGCCAGUUUCCGCAACCUGGUGGAUCCCAUUACCCAUGACCUCAUUAUUAGCCUGGCCAAAUACAUUCACUGCCCAAAGGAGGGAGAUGCUUUGGGUUCCAUGGAGAAGGUUUGUCGUCAGCUGACCUACCACCUGAGCCCACACUCCCAGUGGAGACGGCAGGGGCUGCUGAAGAGGAAGCCACAGUCCUGUCUGAAAUCAGUUCUUUCAAGCACUCCAUCCAGUGGAGCAUUAGACCUGUCCGGCAUCCCUCUUGGAGUGAAAGACAUGGAGCGUCUCUGUGCCUACCUUCAUCACCACGCGUCCCGCAUCGGCAGCAUAGAGUUGGGCUUCACCGAGCUCACAGACGAUGCCUUCCUCCUUCUCCUCCCCACGCUGGCGUCCCUUCCCCGCCUCGAGACUCUGGCCCUCAAUGGCAACAGGCUCACCCGUGCUGUGCUCAAAGAGCUCACGGACACGCUGAAGGACCCGGACAGCUUCCCCAACGUCACCUGGAUCGACCUGGGGAACAACGUGGACAUCUUCUCCCUCCCACAACCGUUUCUGGUGAGCCUGCGCAAGCGCUGCCCCAAAAAAGGCAACCUUCCCACCAUCCUGGAGUUUGGCGAGAGCCAGGCCAGCGAGCCGGAGGGCCGAGUGGACGAGGACGACGCCGAUGAUACGAACAGGACAGAGAGCAUGGGAGAGCUCAGGUCUGAGGUGGAAGAAGAGAUUGACGGUGAAAUGGAGAUCGAAGACAUGAUGGAGGAGUUGCUGGACUUUGACAGGGAGGUGCAGGGCAAGGAGGAAGAGGAAGACAGUUUGUGGACCUUGGAGGAGCAGCGGUUGGUAAAAGAUCCGAUCGCAAAUUGGAGCAAAGAGAAGAGGCCGCCCAAAGCAGAGGGCGAAGAGUACUUUCAAAGCCAGUCUUCCCAUCGGUCUUGCUCCAGUCCGUCACAGCACUCCUCUGGAGCCAUUGAGCCUUUAAGAGAAGACUCUGUCCCUGACCAGUUAGCAUGUCAUUCGAACAACCCUACCUGAUUAAACAGCCACUGUCUAAAGUGAUUAGAAGCUAUAACCUUAGUCCCUUUAAGAAAAAGAGAGUGCAAGGAGGAGUGUGACAGGCUUGUUUUCAGACUGGGUUGUUCAAGAAGUCAUGUGAUUCUGCAGGUUUUAUAGGUUUAACAAUCGUAGCGGUUGUCUGUUGUUGCAAAGGAGAAAUGAAUUACUUGUGAGGUACAAAAAAUAUCAAAUAUACUUUCUCAUUCAGGUUUUCCCCUCUUCACUGUCAUAACCAUGAACCUCUGUGCCUAUGUGCCUGUUCAAAACCCUGCUGGAGAGGCAUGUGUGUAGAUGUGUUGGAUAUAAGCAGAUUGGCUUGGGUUUCAUGAAUCAAUGUGUCCAUCUAUGCAUCUGAUUGUUGCAAGCAUCACAUUUUCUCCUGCAGUGGAAAACAACCGAAAUUCUUUUUCAGUAUCAGCAAGUGAAUAUGCAUGUCCCGGGUGUCAGGUGGAUGGGACGCAGAUGAGAUCAUUUUAAGUGCCCCUAAUUUAUACAGUGGAAAACCAAAAUCUCUUGUCACAGUGUUAGAACAAAAUCAACGUGUUUGCAUGAUACGGAGCAGCGGGACUUAAGCCAAAGAGAAAAGACUCGCUAGACAGAACAAAGUGUCGUUUGGCUGCACAGUAUAUAUAAUGCUGAUAUUCUGUUUUUGUUACCUGACAUGGAUUUUGAAGACUAUAUGUGGUUUCUUAGCUCUAUUCUUUAGAAGAGAACCUUUUACCACUAAAAUAAUAUUGUUUCAUUUUUAUUUAUCGUUUUUAUCGUUUUUUUUUUUUAAAUAAAGGUAUUUCAUUGUAUAAACAUCUAUUUAGUGCCUAAUUGGAAUUUUACAUUAUUCAAAGUAAUUCUGAUAUGCCAGUAAAUUAAAGUAUUGUUUUAAUGACAGUGUACUAUAUUGAAUUGUCAUAAUGGAUUUUUCUUGUUUUAUGUAUUUAAAAUGCCCUAAUUGAGAAUUAUGAUUUAUAUUAUAGCCAUUUAUACUGUAGUACUUUGUAUAAUAUCAUAAUAUGCUUACCUGCAAAAUAGUGUUCAGUGUUGUUUUUCUUUUUUUAAGUAGAAUUAAGCUCCCACCCCAAAAUAUGGUUUAUAACAUAAAUUAUUAAAGGAAUCUCCUGUAACUAAUCUAUUUCAGAUUAUCAUGUCAUUUUAUGAUCACCACGUAUAGCCUAUAAUUGUUCUGCUGUGUUUCAAAGCCAUAACAUCUUGACAAGUUGUGCCAUUACAGAGUGAUAAAUAUAAAAGUGCACUGAAGAGCUGCGUUCAUUGACUUUGUUAGUAUUUCUGUAAAGCAAGGAGAAUGUUAGGAACGACAAACAGCAAUAGGUGUAUAAGAUUAUUUGUAAACAAAACAAAAUGUAUUUGACUGUUGGCAUCAAAACCAAUAAACUUUUAACAAUUAUACACUUCA